CUCGGCCCGGAGAUUUGGAUCUAGUAUUAGAAUUAUUGAAACAUGCACGCACUCCCAAGAACGAAAAGGAUGUUCAUGCCGCCGAUCAUCUCGAGGACUGAAGGCCGACUCCCACGGCUGCGAUUCAAGAAGCUCCGUCUUGCUCUAAGCUAAAAUAAGUCGUGCCUGCAUCUGGGAACUCAACAUGCACCGAUUGGGAAUGAAGGUUGAAUGGGAGCGAUAAAUCUGCACUCCUUAAUGAGAAUUCGAUUGCGAUCGCGAGAAUCUAAGAAUAUUAUGGAGAGCCAGAUUAAGGAGAACGGGGGAUUUAGAGGAUUAUUGCAUCUGCCAUCCUCACCCGUCAAUCCUUGCAGCCCGUCGAAGUGGAAUCCCGCACUUGUGUCUGCUGAGCAGACACAAGUGCGACAGAGCAGACUCUGCUCUGAAGCGAGGUUCACACGAGGAUAUAAACCCCAGCUGUCUGAAACUUGCAGCGCGGACCAGAGUGGGAAAGUGAGUGCGGUGACAGGUUCUGAGGAAAUCCUGACUAUCGUACUCGGCGUACGAUCGAUUGACGGGAUGCAUACCGUAUUGGUGGAAACUUUCAAAAGAUUCCGGGCUCCAGACUCCAGACGGGAUGUUAGAACCAGCUCUUCUACUUCGGAGGACUGCCAUUUAGCAGCUUCCAGUAAUGUUCCCACUUGUCAGCGACCACCGUCGCCAAACCAGACUUUAUGCCAGAACAGGCUUCAGCUUUGUUGGCAGCGUUUGGACGGGUUUGCGCAGUGCAUCUGGAAGCUCGAGUCAAAAAGCCGACAUUUUGUCGAUGUCGAGGGUUGAGUAGAAUGAUGUUCCUUUGCUCCGUAAGUGCACAUCGCUCCUUUCUGUGACCGUCGGUGUUGAUGCCUUCGGUCCUCGAUCUGCGAAGAUGUGAGUAGCGGAAGGCGUUUAUUGUCUCGGUUUGAUGAUUAGGGUUGCUGAUAGGUUCGGGAGUUUCAGAAGAUGGUUACGAAAGAAUGGCCCGAGGGGUGGUGAUGCUUGCCCACACUGCACUCUUGAUGAUUCCUCCUUCUCAAAAUCUUCGAGGAUUUGCUGCAAGUUAUUGUUCAGUUCCUUCCAAGAUUUUGAGAGUGUGCAAUCGUCACAUUUUCCUGGGUUUUUUCCUGUGGAUGGGAGGUCUGAUUGAGUGAGAUGGCGGAAGGGAAGAGAGAUCAGUAGGUCGGAUUCGAUGGCUACUACGACUGUUCCUGCUCCUCCAGUUGCUGCUUCUUCAACGGAUGCACUCCCUCCUCCUGCUCUUCCUGCAGAUGCUGCGGGUGCGGCGGGUGAUCCUGCUGCUGCAGAAGAUCAGUCAGCCGACGAGGCCUCGGAAGCCGAGCCUCCACCUCCACAAGUAGAAACACCGCUGUCUGAUCAAGAGAUUUUGAACAAUCUGCUCAAAGAAUGCGAGCUGCUAACCAACGAGAAUGCUCUUCUCUCGGAUUACAUCCUGAGGGUCGCUGCCGCGAAGGUCACUAAUUUGUCAGACAUUUCUGAGGAAGAGACGGAGAGUGAAGAGGAUGAAAUUUUUGAGUAUGCCAGCCGGAGCUCUGUAGCGCAAAGUUUAAUGGGACGUGGCGGUUCGAUACUAGAGGGAGCAGCUAGCAGAAGAGGCUCAUCCGCUGGCUUUCCUGGUCUGAGAGCCCAAACUCCAGCCAAAAGCGAAACUCCCGAGCCAGAAGUAAAUCUUCAGGCGCUUUGUCCGACCCUAAAUGCUGAAGAGAAGAAUGAGAUUGCCACCAGGGGAUGUUCUGCCAUGAAAGAAGAGAUAGAGUCGACCAUUACCGAAAAUGAGCGGAUGCUGGACGAACUGCGUGCGGCCUUCGAUGAGGCAAGUCUGCGAAUUGGUGAAGUUCGAAGGGACAGGGCUGACUUCCAAAGAGAUGUACUUUCUGAUUCGAGGGCCAAGGGAGUUAAAAGGGGGAACGCGGACAAAAUUCUGAAGUUUAUGGAAGCGAAGUUGAGUAAGAAGUUUGCUAAGGCUCUGAAGGUUCGUGAACGAAAUGCUGCACUAAAUCUGCAGAUUGCGAAAACAGAGCAGAUGUUAGCAAACAAAAAAGAGUUGGCAGAUUUAUUGCAUGCAGUGGAUUUUGAGCAAUUACAGAUUCAUAAGCAGCAAAAUCAGCAACGAUUGCGGGAGAGAUUGCAUGAACUGAACCGAUUAAAGUCUAGCAACGCCAAGGCAACCGAGGCUCUGGAUUAUCAGUCGUGGCAAUUAUCAUCUCACAUUCGAAAUCGUUACUACAUACUUGAGCAGCUGGUUGAGCGUGAGCCUCAACUUGCCCAUGUCAGGAAGGACAUUGCAAGAGUCUCCAGAAAGAAGGAUCGCCUAGAAGAGCUGUUCCACAUUUUCAUCCAGGAGAGAGAUGCACAACUCGGAGAAGCACAGCCCAACGUGCUGGAGUAUAUGGAGUUGAAAGAGAGAGUCCACAUGCUUCGCCUAGAACACCACACCUGGACCCAAAAGGUCGAAGUGGCCGAAUUGUGUUCACAACAACCAAGCGCUCACCAGUCCGAACGAGACAUUUUCUCUGUGAAUGACAUGCUGGUCGGUAAGGAGGUACUCGAGUCCCAAGCGGAAGAUUCAGAUGUGGCCGAGACAGCAGUCGCAGUAGCGUGAACCGUGAAACGUGGAGAGUCAGUGAGAAGAGCCGUAAGUGAGUCGAGCCAUCCGACUGCCACGGCGACCUAAGCACACGGAGUUUGCUAGAGCUUUUGAAACCUCAGCGAUUAGACGCGAGCAAAUGAUUCCCGCUGUGAAUUAAGCUCACAGCACAGCACAGCACAGUCACGGUGCUAUCGGACUGAUCAGCUCAGAUCACAAUUAUAGCUCUCGGA